GUUACAAGGAUUCGUGUUUGGACGUGGAUUUCCACCUACAGCCGUGAACACACGCAUGCCCCGUUUAUGGUUUAACGUAUCAUCACAACACGCCUGAGAUGAUUGGGAUAAGCAGAUUGACGCCUCGAUCCUCCAAGACCAACUACCAGGAGACAGACUGGGACGAUGUCCUGCCUGUUCCCAAACUCAGCUUCUCUGUGGCAUCUGUCCUCGUCUUCUGUCUGGCGGUGCUGUGUUUCGCGAACAGCCACGACGGAGAGUUUUUGUUUGAUGAUUUGUCGGCUGUAACCAGAAACAAAGACCUUCUUCCCGAGACCCCACUCUCUCAUCUUUUCGCUCAUGACUUUUGGGGAAAUAAGUUGGACAACACAAGUCACAAAUCCUACAGACCCGUCACAGUGAUGACUUUCAGGUGGAACUACGCAUGGGCAGGAGGACUUCAUCCUCGGGGCUUCCACGUUGUCAACAUCGUCCUGCACGGCUUGGUGUCGGUCAUAUUCCUGGCAGUAUUCUCUGUCCUCAUGUCUGGUUACCAGGUGGACCAGGAAUCUGCCAGGCCGGUGUUUGCCUCGCCCCGAGCUGCUCUCCUGUGUGCUGUGUUGUUUGCUGUGCAUCCCAUUCACACUGAAAGCGUAGCAGGAGUCGUGGGCCGAGCGGAUCUGUUGUGUGCCUUGACCUUUCUCCUGUCAUUCCUGCUCUAUGCCAGGAGUUGCCUUCCACAUUCAUGCCUUGUCAGUUUCCGUCCCGAGUCCUUCUCCCUGGUGUCUAUCCUGGCCAGUAUGUGUCUGUGUGUCGUGUCCACCUUCUGUAAAGAGCAGGGCAUCACUGUCAUUGGUAUAUGUAGUGUGUAUGACAUCAUCGUGGUCUGCAGGGUCCACCCCAUGCAGUUGCUGACGUAUAGGAAAGAUCGUGUCACAGAUAAGAAAAUGGUUCUGUGGGUCAAGGGCCUCCUCAAACGUCACCUCAUCCUCUUCCUGACCGGCGUGUUACUCCUGGCUACUCGACUAGGAAUCAUGGGAUUUGCAACACCGACAUUCGUUUCUGAAGAUAAUCCACAUUCCUUUGUAAAUGGCACUAUAUCGAAAAUUUUGAACUACAACUACCUCUAUGCCAUCAACACCUGGCUGCUGUUGAAUCCAUGGUGGCUGUGCUGUGAUUGGUCAAUGGGCUGUAUACCUGUCAUCACCUCAUUGGCUGAUCCAAGAAUCCUGGCAGUCAUAGCUCUCUGGACCGGGUUUGGGGUUUUGUUCUAUCAUUGUUGCCAUGGUGAAAUGAACAAAGAUCAACGGAUCCUGAUAAUGUCCCUGGGAGUGUUGGGAGUUCCCUUCCUGCCAGCCAGCAACCUGUUUUUCCGUGUGGGCUUCGUGAUCGCAGAGAGGAUUCUGUACCUGUCCUGUGCUGGCUUCUGUAUGUUGGUGGUGCUCGGGGCCAGACAGAUCUGUCUUCAUGCCCAUUCCACAACCAAGAAGGGGCUGUCGGCCGGGUUUAUUGUCCUCAUACUGCUAUUUGUUCUUCGAUCGAUCGAGAGGAGCCAGGACUUCAAAACGAAAAUGUCAAUUUACACAUCAGGAGCCAAAGUCUGUCCCCUGAAUGCUAGGAUUCACUUCAACAUUGGAAACGUGAUAAAGUACGAAAAUACUGACAUUGGUAUUGAUGAAUUCAGACUAACUUUGAAAUUGCAUCCGCAUUACAACGCUGCAUUGAUCAACCUGGCGAUCAUCCUGACGGACAAAGGCAAUGCAGUGGAAGCCAAGGAACUUCUGGACAGAGCCAUUGGUCACGGGUCGAAUAAGCGCUACAUGGCUGCAUUGAUCAACUUGGCAGUCCUCCUGAGGAAGAAAGGCAGUGCUCUGGAGGCGAAGGGGCUUCUGGACAAAGCCAUCGGAUACAGUCCAGAGUCUGCAGAGGCGUGGAUGAACCUGGGCAUUGUGCAGGUCCAGCUGAAUAACACAGGGUCUUCAGAAGCCAGCUUUCUCCGGGCCCUUCAACUAGACAGCAGGUACACAGACUGUCAUUACAACCUUGGCAACCUGUACAAGUUACUCGGUCGUCAUGAAGAGGCUAUCGCGGCAUGGCAGAAUGCCACACAGAUCAGUCCGAGCCAUGCAGGAGCCUGGAAAAACUCCUUCCUCAUCCUGGAUCAUCUGGGCAAUUACGACCAAGCUAUUGAGGCGGGUAGGAAAGCUAUCUAUCAGCUUCCCAAGGAGACGGACCUUUUGGCUCGUGUUGCCGGUGUUUACGUCAAGGUGAAGAGGUACCAGGAAGGGGAACAACUCUUUCUGAAAGCCCUCCAAAGAGACAAUUCCAAGUAUUACAUACAUCAUAAUUUAGGUGUGUUAUACACUGAGUGGGGGCAGCAUGACAAAGCUGAGGCAGCCCUCUUGACGGCACAGAAGCUCAACCCAAAUGAUCCUCUUAUCCUGAAAAGCCUGCAAACACUCCACAGAAAAAUGGGGAUGAACACGUAAACUCUGAAUAACUGUAGGACUGUACCUUUAUUUCAGUAUCUGACAACUGUGCAGAUUCAAAGAACAUUGUAUGAAUGGUAAUGUUGACAUAUGUAGUCCGCAUAUGAUAGAAGCCUUGUGAUUGGUACGCUCAACUUCACGUAGACACCUGAUUGGAUAAAAAGCCAGUAAAAGGAGGUAAUAACAUUUUAGCUCCGAGCCGUAGAUGCAUCCAAGGUACUAGUGGAGAUUUAUCGGAACGUAUACCCUGGAGAUAUCGAGGAUGGUCAAUGUAUAUUGCAGAUUUUGUCAAAAUAAAAAGAUGUAGCCA